GGCAGUGGCCUGAAGGGUGGUUUCAGUUUCAAUUUGUCUAAGUUAAGAGAUAAGCCAGAAAGAAGAGCUAAAGGACAAAUGUGACAGAGGUGGGUACAAGCAGGUAGGCUGUGGAGGUCAGGUCGUGGGAUCUAGUUGGAGACACUACCACAUCAGACACCCAACUGCCAUGUUUAACCCUUUAUAUUUAAUGUUAUUACUGACUUGGUUAUAUUUAUGCCCACCAUUUUGCUAUACUUUCCUUGUGUAUUCAUGUCUUUUUUGUUCUCUUGUUUGUCCCUUUACUGCCUUGUUUUGUAUUAAGUGGAUAUUCUUUAGAUUUUUCUUUGAUGAAUUUAAGUAAGUUGUUUUAGAACAGUUUCUAGAUUUAUAGACUUAAGAUCAAUAUAAUGCAGAGAUUCUGUUAGAGGCAAUUAGCCGGGUUCUAACAGGAGGCUGGGAGGCCAUCCACAAAGAAGUCACAGGCAGCUAUGGGGAAAGUCGGGGGCCUGAUCUGGAAUCACUCCCAAAACAAAGCUACAAGAAAGUUGGAUUCAAUCAAGAUAGGUCCGUGAAGGAAAGAACAGGACAUUUUACCUGCUGGUAUGAAGAGUAUCUGUAGGUAAGGAGCUAGAGAGGAGGCAGGAUCAUUUAUAACUCAUCUCUGUUCUAUUAUUUCUCAGUUGUAUCUUCACACGUUUUCAUGCUUCUUUAAGAUAAGCAGAAAAUGAACAAACCCCAGGGGUCACUGUCAUUUGGAGAUGUGACUGUGGACUUCUCCCAGGAAGAGUGGCAGCACCUGGACCCUGCUCAGAGGACCCUAUACAGGGAUGUGAUGCUGGAGAACUACCACAACUUUGUCUCAGUGGGGUAUCCCAUUAAAAAGCCAGAGGUGAUCUUCAAGUUGGAAGAAGGAAAGGAGCCAUGGAUAUUAGAGGAAGAAUUUCUAUACCAGAACUACCCAGAAGACAGCAGAGCUUAUUACGUAGCAGAGAGAAUCCAGAAAAACCAAGACAAAUACUUGCCACACGUUUUAUUCAACAACAAAAAAGUGACCUCAAAGAAAGUUUAUGCUUUAAGGAAAUCAUCUAAUAAAAGUACAGAUUUUAUUCCUUCAAGAAAAAUACCCUGUAAACAUGACUUACAUGGAAUGAAUUUGAAAAAUAUUUUAGUAUCAAUUGGUAGUAAUAGAUAUUUUUCAAGGAAAAAGCCUCACAUGUUAAAUGUAUAUGAGCAGUUACUUGAUAUUAAGCAGGAAAAACCUCAUACUCAAGAGGGUUCUCAUGAAAAUAAUCAAUAUGAGAAAGCCCUUGGUCAUAAGAAUGGUAUUAUUCAGCAUGUAAAUACUCAGUCUUCAGAGAAGACUUUAAAAUAUGAUGGUGGAAAAUCCUUGGGAAAAAAGACCACAAUAAUUCCACACAGGCAAAUUGACACAGGAGAGAAACUCUGUGAAUAUAAUGGACAUGGAGAAACCUGUGAGAAGUCAUCUCUCUUGAAAUGUUAUGGGGUUUCCUUUGAAAUGAAACAAUGCAAAGGCAAUAAAAUUGAAAAUAAUUUCAGCAGGAUGUCACAUUUUACUCAAGUUCAGAAAAAAAAGAGAUGUGAGGGUCUAUUCAAAUGUAGUGAAUGUGGGAAAACAUUCAACUACAAGUCAAACCUCACAGUGCAUCAGAAAACACACAUGGGAGAGAAACCCCAUGAAUUUAAUUCAUGUGGGAAAACGAGUCAUAAGUCACCCCUCACAGACCAUCAGUUAGCACAUAUAGGGGAGAAACUUUAUAAGUAUAGUGAAUGUGGGAAGUCCUUUUGCAAGAAGUCAUCUCUUACUCAACAUGAGGAAACAAACAUAGGGAGGAAACCCCAUGAAUGCAAUGAUUGUGGAAAAACUUUCUGCAAGAAGUCAGCCUUCACUCAACAUCAGAGAAUUCAUACAGGAGAGAAGCACUUCCAAUGUAAUGAAUGCAGUAAGACCUUCCAUCGCCAGUCAGACAUUAAGGUACAUCAGAGAAUUCACAAAGGAGAGAAACGCUUUCAAUGUAAUGAAUGUGGCAAGACUUUCCAUUGGCAGUCAGACAUUAAGCUACAUCAGAGAAUUCACACAGGAGAGAAACCCUUUCAGUGUAGCAAAUGUGGUAAAACUUUCUAUCGGCAGGCAGAUGUUAAUGCACAUCAGAGAAUUCACACAGGAGAGAAACGCUUUCAAUGUAAUGAAUGUGGUAAGACUUUUUAUUGGCAAUCAGACGUUCAUGCACAUCAAAGAACUCACACAGGAGAAAAACCCUUUCGGUGUAAUGAAUGUGGUAAAUCUUUCCAUCGGCAGUCGGAUGUUAACGUUCAUCAGAGAACUCAUACAGGAGAGAAACGCUUUCAAUGUAAGGAAUGUGGUAAAACUUUUUAUCGUCAGUCAGACGUUAAUGCACAUCAGAGGAUUCACACGGGACAGAAACCCUUUCAAUGUAAUGAAUGUGGUAAAACUUUCUAUCGGCAGUCAGACGUUAAUGUGCAUCAGAGAACUCACACAGGAGAGAAACGCUUUCGAUGUAAUGAAUGUGGUAAAACUUUCUAUCGGCAGUCAGAAGUUAAUGUUCAUCAGAGAACUCACACAGGAGAGAAGCCCUUUCAAUGUAAUGAGUGUGGUAAAACUUUUUAUCGGCAGUCAGAUGUUAACGCACAUCAGAGAAUUCACACAGGAGAGAAACCUUAUAAAUGUAAUGAAUGUGGGAAAUCCUUUUAUGAGAAAUCAUCCCUCACUCGACAUGAGAGAACUCACACAGGGGAAAAGCCCUAUGAAUGUAAUGAAUGUAGGAGAACCUUCUGCCAGAAGUCAGCCCUCACUCAACAUCAGAGAACUCACACAGGAGAUAGACCCUUUCGAUGUAAUGUAUGUGGUAAAACUUACUGUCAUCUGUCAGCCAUUAAUGUACAUCAGAGAACUCACACAGGAGAGAAGCCCUUUCAGUGUCAUGAAUGUGAGAAAUCUUUUCUUACAAAGUCGACUCUUAUUAAUCAUCAGAGAACUCACACAGGAGAAAAACCCUUUGAAUGUAAUGAGUGUGGGAAGAGUUUUCGUCAUAAAUCUACCCUCACUACCCAUCUGAGAAUUCACUCAGGAGAGAAACCUUAUAAAUGCUGUGAAUGUGGAAAAACUUUUGGCCGGAAAUCAGCCCUUACUAAUCAUCAAGGAAUUCACCUAGGGUAGAAACUCUGUAGCAGAAACUUGCUGGGUUUUUCCUCAUACCCAUUUUUCUUUGUGGUUACCUACUAGUCAAGAUUUUGUGGCUUUCCAUUCACAUGAGGCCAUGUGACCUCUGGCAUAAAUUCCAAGCCUGUUUGAAAUUUUUCCUACUUCCAUUUUUCUUUCCAUAUCAAAGGGUAUGGGGAUCAUCCUCAGGGUACUUGGGAGCUAGUCAUUAGAGAUUAUAGAUUCACAGGUUUGAAGAAACCAGGGUCCUGGGCAGAGUUCUGCCUUCUCUAACAUCCCUUGUAAGUCUUGUCAUGAACCAGAAAUAAAUUUCAGAUUUGUUCAGACAUUACACGUUUAGGGCUUUUUGUUGUCAUAGUAUAUCCUAGCCAUCCCUUAUUUCAUAUACCCUGUGAAUCUAAUGAAGGCAUGAGAAACACUGUAUGUCAGAGAAUUCAUUAGGGGGGAAAUUGCUCUCAGUAUUCUGCAUCUUAAUAAACUUUGAUGAACAAGUCAAGCAUUUUGUAAAUCAGAAAUUUACAAAUUGAGACACCCUAAAAUGAAAUGAAUGUAGGAGAAUUUUCACAAUCUGCUUCUGAUUGGCCAUCAUAUAAUGGAGAAUAGAAGCUAAUAACUUGAAAAGCACUUCAAAAUUUAUUUAUCAGAGAAUGCAUAACAAAGGAAAAUUGUCAGUUUAGGAAGUGAGGAAAACAUCCUUGUCUAGAAAUAAUCUUGUUCUAGAAGCAAUGUUUUGGAUGCAAUACUAAAUAAUCUUAUUAAUAAUCUACCAUGGGAUAUUUAUUUGACCACAAUGAGCAACAUGUGGCUUUGAGACUGCACAGGUGAGUUGAGACAUCAAAGUAACAGCACUAAGUGUGUAUGUGAAUAAAAUAGCUGCACUUUGUAAACAUCAGCACUAAGUGUAUAUAUGAAUAAAGUAAUAGCACUAAGUAUAUAUGUGAAUAAUAUAUGUAAACAAAGUAACACCACUAAGUGUCUCUGUGAAUAAAGUAACAGCAUUAUGUGUUUAGGUGAAUAAUAAGCCUCUGAGCUUAAUCAGGCUUAAACAUAUGAGUGUGCCCUUCAACGGCUACAUUCUAUUCUUGAUUUUUGUUUUAGGUUCCAAAAUAGUUAUAGUAGGAACAAUGCACUCUUACCUAAAUAAUUUUUGUGACAUACACUAUGUUUUCUGACACCAACUGGUAUUGUCCCACCGCAUACUUAUACCACAAUAUGUAUUUUUUAAAGAAACGUGGAAUGCGUGAAAUACUACAUGUCGUGUAUAUUUUCUGCUUUCUGGUGGCACAUGUAAAUCAGUGCAGGCAUUGUUAACAAACCGUUCUUUUAGUAAAUAAGCCAAAUAAUGACUAAUAAAAUCAAGAUUUACUUGAUGUAUACAGUGAUUCAGUACACAUUUAAAAUACACACCUGAAUCAAUUUUCAACAUUGGUCUUGAACGUUAGGUACAGAUUAAAAGCAGUGCCCACUGAAGAAAUUUUCCCCACUUUAUAUUUGUGUUAUGUCCAAAGAAUACUUAUAUAAGUUUUAAAAGUGAAGUUCAAAUUUUAUGUGAGCAAAGAACUAUCUGCAUUUGUAUUUAGUGUAGUAGAAUGCCACAUAUUUCCUCCUACAGUUAUACAUGGUCUUUUCAGACAAGCCAUUCUGUGUGUCACUUAUUAUUUGAGUGACCUAUGUAGUGAUUUAAUCUCUGUCUCAAUUUCCUCAUCAGCAAAAUGGAGAUAAUAUCUACCUCACAGAUACUGAACGGUUAGGGUCAGAGUUUUCUGUUAUUAGAGCUAAAGGCAUUUAUGUUUAGAACUUGAACAUUAGAAAUAAAAUGGUCUGUCAUCCUGCAGUA